UUCUCCAGUUUUAGGGCUUUUGCCUUAAUAGCCAAGGAGUAUAUAAUCCGCCCACACUAUAUUCGUCUCCUGAAAUCGCAGCUUUGAAAUUGUGAAAACGAAAGUUUAGGGCAAACAAAAAUGAUCAUUCCGGUUCGUUGUUUCACCUGCGGCAAGGUGAUUGGAAACAAAUGGGACACAUAUCUUGAUCUUCUCCAAUCCGAUUACACGGAAGGAGAUGCUCUUGAUGCAUUGGGGCUUGUUCGUUACUGUUGCAGAAGAAUGCUGAUGACUCAUGUUGAUCUCAUCGAGAAGCUUCUGAACUAUAAUACAUUGGAGAAAUCUGAUACCAGUUGAGAGAGGCCUGGCUUUAUCAGAGAAUGUUAAUUGAUGGAGUAAACAAGUGUGUACUUGUUGGUAAAAAUGUUGGUGUUUCUUUCUAAAAGUAUUGUAGAAUCUUAUUUUAGACUAAUAGGCUAAUGAAAAUGCAAAUCUCAAAUUUCUGCACA